CGGGCAACAUUCAAACGCCAGUGGUGGAAGUGUUAAAAACAACUAAAGGAAUAAUAAGCGCGCAACACCAAAAACGGAAAGAGAGCUAUUGAAAAAUUAUUAUUCAAAAGAAGGAAAAAAAAAAAUCAAAACAGAAAACAAAUUUCACACCCAGUAUUGCUGUUUGACAGAUUUAGACAAAUGCAGUUUAAAAAUAAACAAAACAAAUCACAAUAAAAGUGCACUAAAAAUAACAAAAAAAAAAUUGACAAUAAUAUUUUCUCGAGUGUAAACAAGAAAUAAAUUAUUUCAGCGCAAAAAAGGAAUAUCAAUUAAUUACAAAUCAAGACAGUUCAAGGCGCAGUAUUUAAGCUAACGGACAAAAUAAGAAAAAACCACAUAUUUCUUUAAGGCAAAAAAAAAAUCAAAAGAAAACAAGUUUACAAGUGAGACAAAGCAUAUCUACUUGUCGUAAAAAUUCCCGAAAUUGAUUCCACGAAGGAAGUGUUACAAUAAAAAAAACAAGGUGCGUGUGUGAUUCCAGACACGUAGAUAUCAAACUCGGCAAACGAAGCUAAAGAGGCAGAAAGGUUCCUUCAAAAAAAUCCAACAACGAACGGCGGCACACAACACACAUCACAAGUCGUACUGGAGCUCUGAAACGGAGCAGACACAAAGUGUAAAUCAAGCGGUUGCCAACAAAAGCAAGACGAGACAAGUCGUUGUAGCAAAGCAAAACAACAUAAGACGGAAAGAAGACAAGUGUAGACGAAAGAAAAAAAAAAAUAUUUUUUUUUGGAGAAAAAGUAAUACAAAAAUAACAAAAAAAAAAGAAGCACAAACUAUUAGCAACAACAACAAAUAUUGUUAAUAAUAAUAAUCAUAGUUUGCUUGGAAGAGAGAUCAACGUCGUCAAAGAGAGCGGAGUGUGUGACCAAACACCAACAACAACAACAACAACUAGACUACUACUAAUAUACAUGACAGCUGGCUGUUUUAAUUUUUUUUAGUGGGGUCGUUUGUCAAGCAACCAACCAACCAACCAAUCAAGCAACUCUAACGUCCGCCGUUUCUUCGUUCGAGAAUAAAAACUUUUAUUAACAAAAAUUUAUGGAAUUGAUUCCGCUGUGAGCGUUUAAACGGAACGGUUGUGUCUCGUGUUAAAUAGAAGAAGGCAAAGAAUAACGCAACGAAUUUGUAAAAAAAAAAAACUAAAGCAAAACUAAACAAACUAAAACAAAAAAAGACAAGGAAUAUAAAGAAGAAAAAAAAAACAACAAACUAAAUACAAAGUUGAUUUUGUGUGCUAGUAAAUUUGUAAUUAGCAAAAAAAAAAAAAAAAACGAAACAAAAACAAAUUUCAAGAGCAAAAUAUCUAAGAAGAAAACAAAAAGCAAACAAAAAUGGAUAAAGAAUUAAAUGUGGCCAUGCAAAAUGCAUCUAUAAAUGAAUGCCUGAAAACGGCAACAACAACAGACUCAUCGGCCAACGGCUGUUGCAGUAAACAGAUUAGUGCCGCCACCCCUACCUCACCAUCCACCAACACAUUUGGCGCCCGCUGUCCACUGCCCAAUGGCACUGUGGCUGCAGCAGCCCCCAAAACAAAUGGCUGUUGUUGCAACUGUUCGGCAACUACAACAACAAAAACAUCAUCACCCUCAUCUGCCACCAUUGACCGCGAUGAAACAGACCGAUCGUCGUCAGCCACUGCUGCUGCCACAUUUACACUUGGCGGCGAAGGCAUCACUGGCCACAAAACCACAAAUCCGCCGCCAGCAGCACCGACGACCACAGCACCUUUCGCCAAUGCUAGUGUCGCGGAAAAACGCAAAAUGGUGCACGAGUUAUGUCAGCAAUUGAUACUCACGGAUGAACAAAUCGACGAGCUUACCUAUCGUAUCCUGCACGAAAUCAAGCGCGGUCUGGCCAAGGAUACGCACGCCAAGGCCAAUGUCAAGUGUUUCGUCACCUACGUCCAGGAUCUGCCCAACGGCAAUGAGCGUGGCAAGUUCUUGGCCCUCGAUUUGGGCGGUACAAAUUUCCGUGUCCUGUUGAUCCAUCUGAAGGAGGAUCAUGAUUUCCAAAUGGAAUCUCGCAUCUAUGCCAUACCCCAGCACAUUAUGUUGGGUUCGGGUACCCAGCUGUUCGAUCACAUUGCCGAGUGUUUGUCCAACUUUAUGGUGGAGCACAAUGUCAAGAGUGAACGUUUGCCAUUGGGUUUCACCUUUUCGUUCCCUCUCACCCAGUUGGGUUUGACCAAGGGCCUGUUGGUGACCUGGACCAAGGGUUUCAAUUGUGCCGGUGUGGUCAACGAAGAUGUGGUCCAGUUACUCAAAGAUGCCAUUGCCCGCCGCGGAGAUGUCCAGAUUGAUGUGUGUGCCAUUCUCAAUGAUACCACAGGCACCCUGAUGUCCUGUGCCUGGAAGAAUCACAACUGCAAGAUUGGCCUGAUUGUGGGCACGGGAUCGAAUGCCUGCUAUGUUGAGCGCGUAGAGGAGGCUGAAAUGUUUGAUGGUGCCAGCAAUGGCAAACCCCAUGUCCUCAUCAACACCGAAUGGGGUGCCUUUGGUGACAAUGGAGCCCUGGACUUUGUGCGCACCGAAUUCGAUGAAGAAGUGGAUCGUCAUUCCAUUAAUCCCGGCAAACAGGUAUUCGAAAAAAUGAUUUCCGGCAUGUACAUGGGUGAGCUGGUGCGUCUGGCCAUUGUGAAGAUGGUCAAUGCCGGCGUACUGUUCAAGGGCCAGGAUUCGGAUGUCCUGAUGACACGUGGUCAAUUCUUUACCAAAUAUGUUUCGGAAAUUGAGGCCGAUGAGCCGGGCACCUACACCAAUUGCCGUCUGGUCUUGGAGGAAUUGGGUCUGACCGAAGCCACCGACGAUGACUGUGCCAAUGUCCGUUAUAUCUGUGAAUGUGUAUCCCGAAGAGCUGCCCAUCUGGUGUCGAGCGGUAUUGCCUGUCUCAUCAACAAAAUGAACGAGCCCCACGUUACGGUGGGUGUGGACGGCAGUGUCUAUCGUUUCCAUCCCAAAUUCCAUACCCUGAUGGUGGAGAAAAUCUCACAGUUGGUCAAACCGGGCAUUACAUUCGAUCUGAUGCUGUCCGAAGAUGGUUCGGGUCGUGGUGCUGCCCUUGUGGCAGCUGUGGCAUGUCGUGAGGAUAAUUUGCCCAAAAAGAAAAAGGAAUAAAGUGUGAUGAAGUAAAUAAUUAAUAAAAAAAGAAGAAUAGAAAAACCAAUAACAACAAAAAAGGUAUUACAACAACAAGAAGAACAUAUUUUUUGUGCGAAGUAAAAAAAAGAGUUGAAAACAAAAAACAAUAGAAAAUGCGCUUUGAAUAUAAAUGAAAAAUGAAAAAUAAAGAAAGGAAGGAAGUCAUUAAAAGAAAAUUUUGAAAAUCUCCAAAGAGAGAGUUCUGGGUCCUUUGAGAAAAAAAAAAAAAAAAAAAAACAAAUAAAGUUUAAAAUGGCAUUUUCCCGGAUAUUUGUUGUGGUUAAGUGAAGGAAGUACCUCUCCCCUAAAAAAAGAAAAAAUAAAUUGAGGUUAAGUUGAGUUUUGAAAAUUAAAAAAAAAAAUAAAAUUGAAUUUCAACAGAAUUUUUUUAAGAAAUUCUGAAAAUAUUGCAAAUUUUUGAGAAAAAAAAAAGAAUGCAAAAAUUUUUAAAAAGGGAUUCAAAUAUUUUUCUUUAAUUCCUAACAAAUUGAAAUAUUUUUACAAAAAUCGAAAUAUUUAAUUUUUUAAACACUUUAAGGAAUCGGAAAAAAAUUAAGAAAAUUCCAAAAAAAUCCCAAUAUUUUUAAAAAUUUUAAAAAACAAUUCAAUUUUUUUAAAUCUAAAAAAAUCUUACAAAGUAACUCUCAAAAGACAUUUGCGGUAAGAAAUCCAAAAAAAAAAAUUUUUUUAAAAGAAAUUCCUUUUUUUUAAAUUCAAAUUUUUUUUUUUUAAAUUCAAUUUUUUUUUUUUUAAAUUUCAAAAUUUUUUUUUUAAAUUUCAAAGAAUUUUUUUUUUAAAUUCCGAUAAAAAAUUCAAAUAUUUUUAAAAUUUAAAAAAAACAUCAAAUAUUCUUAAAAUUUUUAAAAAAUAAAUCAAACAUUUUCAUGAUUUUUUUUUAAUUUUUAACAAAUUUAAAAAUGUUUCCAAAAAAUCCCGAAAAAAAACAUUUUUUUUUUAAAUCCGAAAAAAAAACAUUUUUUUUUUAAAUCCGAAAAAAAAUUAGAAAAAUUCAAAAAAAAAAUAAUAAAAAUAAUUCAUUCUUUUUCAUUUUUUUUUAAUUCUAAAAAAAUUCAAAUAUUCUUUAAAAAAAUUCCCAAGACACUUAACCACUGAGGGCUAUUGAAAAUGUAAUUCUGAAAACAAUAUUCAAAACUAUAGAAACAAUUAAACAAACUUAAAAAAAAACAGUACCUGAUAACAAAGAAUAAUACAAUAAAAAUAAAAAAAAAACACGAAGAAAGAAAAUAUUGAAAAAAAAUGGUAAAUUAUUCAACGGUUAGAAUUAAUUUUGAAAUAAAAAAACAAACCGUUCCUGUUUCUAAAACGUUAUUUGGACUCUUCUUCUCCUUGAAAAUUAAAUGAAAAAUCAAAUUUGCACAAAUUAAGAAUUCCAAAAAACAAGAAAUUGGUACUUAAAAUUAAGCUCAAAAAAGACAUUGUUUUUUUCAAAAUUGUAAGAUUUCAAAAUUAAAAAUUCCUACCACGUUCAAACCUCCUUACCCACCCAACCUUUCACCUCCUUGAAAGAGAAACAAAGCGCAUCCAUGAUAGUUUAUUUUUGAAAAUAGUUUUUUGUUUUGAUUUUUUUUUUUGAAAACUGAAAGAAAAAAAUAUCCUUUUUUUAAGUUUUAUUUAAAUUGUUUAUUAUUUUUUAUUUUUUUAAUUUUUAUUAUUAAUUAUCUAGUUAUUGUAGUUGUUUAAGUUCUUUUAGUAGAUAAUUAGUUUUAAUUUAUUUUGUUAACUACUGUUUAUGAUUAUUUUUUUUUAUAAUUUAUAGAACAUAAAGAAACUCAAAUUUGGCUUUAAAACGAUUUUAUGAAUAUUACUAAGCAACAAAAAAAAAACCACAAAAGAGAAGUUGAGAAGAAAAAAAUACAAUUUAUUAUAACAAAUUAUUAUUAUUAUUAUUAUUUAGAUGUAAUUGGCCUUAAUUAUUAGCACUAUCUUUUUCCUCUCAUCCUGAAAGAAAAUAACAAUAUAAAGAAGAAGAAAAACAAGUAUUGUACUAUAACGAAAAAAAAAAGAAGAAGAAAAAAAAAAAAACAAAACAAACAUUGUUGCUUUUGUUAUUUUUAAUUUUUUUAUUAUUUCCAAAAAAAAAAACAAAUACCGGAAAAACAAAUACAAAAUUCUAGUGUAAAAAUCUAGUAAAAAAAACAACAAAGAGUUUCUCAUAGAAAUUAUUGUGGAAAAGUGGCAUAAAUUUGAAGAAUGAAAAAUGUAUAAAAAAAAGAGAAUUUGAAAAAAAAAACAGAAAAGAUAACAACAACAUCAAACAUUUCAAUAUAUACACAAAAUACAAACCCUAUUAUAUAUAGAAAAAACAACAACAAAAAACCCUAAAAAAUCAAAUAUCUCUAUAUAUUAAAGCUUACUCUUAUUUUUAACAACUAAGUUUAAAGAAACAAGAAAGAAAAAAAAACAAAUAAAAUAUUUAAUAAAAAAAAAUCAUGAAAACCCUAAAAUUUCAAGAUUUUUAUUUCAAAAAAACCGAAAACCAAAUCUCUUUAGAAUUCAAAUUGUUAUUGAUGAUGAUGAUGGUGAUGUAGAUGACGAUGAUGAUGAUCAUGAUGUUAUUGAAAAAAAAUAAAAAUAAAA